UCUUCUCUUCUUACUUUCUCACUCAUGGCUCACAAUGCUCCUUACAAAAUAUGUUUUGUACACAAGAACAGAGAAACAGAGGAAGAAGAUGAGAAAAACUACAAGACGUACAAAGAGAUUGUUGCGAAACUUCCCACAUUAGAAGGUUGGUUGGGUAACUCGGUCUACCAGUACCAAAGCUUUUGGUACAAUUUUGAUCUUGUUGGUGUUGGACCCUUAGCAGUUCAACAUCACUUCACUGCUCAACCCACUGACAUUCUUCUUGCUAGUUGUGGCUCAAAUUGGCUGAAAUCACUAGCCUUUUCUGUCAUGAAUCGCAAAUCCUACCCUCCUUCCUCUCAACAACACCCUUUGCUCACAUUCAACUCCAAUGAUCUCGUUCCAGUAAUGGAGGUAAUACUUUAUAACAACAAUCUCAACUGUAACCAAAUUCCUAACCUUGAUAUCCUUCCCUCACCUAGACUGUUUGGCACAUACAUGCCUUACACAUCGCUACCGCAAUCUAUAACACAUUCAGAUCAUGCGCGAAUUAUUUAUAUUUGUCGCAAUACUAAGGAGAAUUUCCUAUCUUGGUGGCAUUUUGUUAACAAGUUUAGGUCUAAUAUUUCCUUGGAGCCUAUGAAAUUGGAAGAAGCCUUCCAAUGGUUUUGUAAAGGGAAGUCUGCAUUUGGGCCAUUUUGGGAUCAUGUGUUAGGGUAUUGGAAAGCAAGCUUAGAGAGGCCUGGAAAUGUACUCUUCCUCAAGUGCGACGACAUUAUGGCUCAACCAAAUUUUUACUUCAAAAGAAUGGGUGACUUUAUGGGGUAUCCUUUCUCUUCAAUGGAAGAGAAGGAAGGUGUGGUUGAUCAAAUAAUAAAGCUCUGUAGUUUCGAAAAUUUAAGCAAUUUGGAUGUGAAUAAAGCUGCUAGUGGUCCUCCUCUUUAUGGUGCUUACUUCAGGGGAAAUAAAGUUGGAGAUUUCGCAAAUUACUUAACACCUGAAAUGAUAGAGCAGCUUGACCACAUCACAGAACAAAAAUUUCAUGGUUCAGGCUUGACACUCUAA